AUGAAGGAACAGAAUAUCAAUAUUCUAAAAGAGAUGAACAAGGAGAGAUUACAACUGGAUGAUAAAUACUUUCCCCCAAGAGAUAAACCAUUCAAUCCUCCUGAUAAAAAUCCAAAGGAGGCAAAUAAAAUAGUGAAUAAGGUAGUAAAUGCAGAUGAAAGUUCGGAUCCGCAAUAUAUUAUUCCAUAA